CAAGUCACACAGUGAAACACACAAGGGUAAGAAGGAUGUCAUCGUUGCAGCAAGCCAAGCCUGGCCUAGGAAGAAGCCAGAGUCCAGAGUGCAGGGUGUGACAUCAAAGAGCACACAUGGUGCCCUGAACUGGGGCUGCUCUGCCCUUGGCAGCUGUGGUUCUUACUUCAUAAGUGAAAAGAGGGAAGGAAAACUCACACUUCUUAAACCAUGGUUUUCUGAGUGGAGCCUGAAGGUGCUAAUUCUGGCCCCAGGCCACAGGGACCCUCCCACAGUGCUCCCUCUGCUUCUGAACCCCUUCUGUGGACUUCUCACAUCACUGCCUGUGGGUGUGUGAAUGGUCUCUUUGUUUUAAAACCAUCAGAAUUCGCUCUUCCUGUAAGGGACCUGAGGUAACCUGUGAAGAUGGUUCGCUACUCUCUCAACCCAGAAAAUCCUACAAAAUCAUGCAAGUCAAGAGAUUCAAAUCUCCGGGUUCACUUUAAGAAUACCCAUGAAACUGCCCAAGUCAUCAAGGGUAUGCAUAUCCAAAAAGCCACCAAAUACCUGAAAGAUGUCACAUUGAAGAAGCAAUGUGCGCCAUUCCGGCGAUACAAUGGUGGAGUCGGCAGGUGCGCCCAAGCCAAACAGUGGGGCUGGACACAGGGUCGGUGGCCGAAGAAGAAUGCUGAAUUUUUGCUGCACGUGCUUAAAAAUGCAGAGAGUAAUGCUGAGCUUAAGUGUCUAGACGUAGAUUCUCUGGUCAUUGAACACAUCCAGGUGAACAAAGCACCUAAGAUAUAUCGACAAAUUUACAGAGCUCAGAGCUGGAUUAACCCAUACAUGAGCUCCCCUUGCCACAUCGAGAUGAUCCUCACAGAAAAGGAACAGAUUGUUCCAAAGCCAGAAGAGGAGGUUGCACAGAAGAAAAAGAUAUCCCAGAAGAAACUGAAGAAACCAAAAUGUAUGGCACAGGAAUAAAUU